CUUCCUUGUCCGCCAAUGCCGGAGGUCCCACCCGUCCAGGUCCCGCCCCCGCCAGGAGCUGGGCCAGAAGAUGGCGGCGACCGCGGAGUUGAGGCUCCUGGAGAAGUCUCUGGGGCUGAGGAAGGGGAAUAAGUACAGCGCUCAGGGCGAGCGGCAGACUCCAGUUCUACAAACAAACAAUGGCCCGAGUCUAACAGGACUGACUACAAUAGCAACUCAUCUAGUCAAACAAGCCAAUAAGGAAUACUUGCUGGGGAGUACUGCAGAAGAAAAGGCCGUGGUUCAGCAGUGGUUAGAAUAUAGGAUCACUCAAGUAGAUGGACACUCCAGUAAAGAAGAGAUCCACCCUCUGCUGAAGGAUCUCAAUUCCUAUCUUGAAGAUAAAGUCUACCUUGCAGGAUAUAACUUCACCUUGGCAGAUAUCCUGCUGUACUACGGCCUCCAUCGCUUCAUAGUUGACCUGACAGUUCAAGAAAAGGAGAAGUAUCUUAAUGUGUCCCGUUGGUUUUGUCACAUUCAGCAUUACCCAGACAUCAGGCAGCACCUGUCUAAUGUUGUCUUUAUCAAGAACAGACUAUAUACUAACUCCCACUAGAAGUUCUCCUGCUGUGCAGAAGCAAGAUUGAAAAUGUUGUCAUGAAAAGUGUUAGACCAUGGUACUGCCAUUAAUUAAUACAAAGUCAUUGUUUCUUUGUUGAAGUUGGUAGAAUUUUUAAAGUGUAAACUCAAGUCUCAAUGUUUUAUUUGUUCUUUAGUUGAAGUUUUGCAAUUUUUUAUGUAAAAAUUCAACUGCCAUCAGACCAAGUCAUGAUCAAAUUAUAAACUACUUUGUUUUUAUAGGUGAGAUUUAGAUUUAUUUUAAUAAGAGUUUCAAAUCAGUGGCUUAAUGUUAAAAAAAAAAUAAGUCAUCUUGUAGUGGUUCACAUACUUGGUAGUUAUUCACCUUUUUCAUAUAUUUAAAAUUCAUUUUCCUACUUUAGAUAUUUGCCAUGGUUUAUUAAAACCUAUGAUUAAAUUAUGCUAAAGAUUUGGAAAGGGAAGACAUGUAUUCUUAAAAUAUUUAUGUGAACUAGUAAAUGUGGUUUUAAAAUUA